ACUUUAAGGCAGCGAGUGGAGCAAUGGCUAACGGAAAUGUUAACGUUUUAAAAAAAAAAAGAAUAGCUUCAGUUUAAACAUACAUGUUGUUACAGUCCCACAUCAAAUGGCCUUUGGUCUUAACGGCAUGUUUAAAUGGAUAUAGUUCGUUUCGAACGGUUUAAGAUUCAACAGCGAAUGGAAUCAUGACUCGCACUGAGGAAAAUAACGUAGGUCCGCACUGCGCGAGCUGCUCGUAAAAUGGUGCGUAGCUAACGUUCGAAUAUGCUUUUAUUGACAUUUUAAACGAUUUUAAAGGCAUGGCGUCACGACUCUAAUCUGUUUUCGCUCUCUACACGAGUUCUAAACGUCUUUACCUGUAACAUUUGAUCGCUGGUAACGAUAUUAUUGUCUCUAACAGUCCUACAAGUGCAGUUAUGGCCGCUCAGAAUGUGUUUUUCGCCAUCGAUGUGGAUUAUCGACCUGCGGAAAACAGCAGCACGACCAGUGCCUUUCAAAGUCAUCUUAAACAUUGGGUACUAAGGAUUUUGCUCCGUUUGGGAAAUAAGUAUGGUCUUGAAAAAGUCCGAUGGGGAUAUACAUGUUUCCAUUCUAGGACCGUGAAAAGUGCCAAUCUCGUUACCAGAGUCACUGAUUUCAAGGAGCUCCACGAGAAGGCGUUCAGUGACUUUGAAGAAGAGCUUCUUGUCAAAUUCAACCUGGAGGAAAAAUCCCCCAGAUGUCGCGAAAAGUCCUCCACGCAACACAAACUGAAACCCAGCCCAGCUAGUUGUGUCCAGAAUGCUCUGAAAGAGAUCCUCCUAGACUUCCAAUGGGAUAGACCUGAUCUAACAUCUCCUACCAAAGUGACUUUGAGACCCCGAAGGUCCAGUCGAAGUGGCAGAAAUGUCCCCUUGCAGGACGAUGACAUACAUUUUGACAAAAAUAUCCUUUUUGUUGUUUCUGAAUGUCCAUGCUCCAAUAGAGACUUGGGGGACUAUUUGUCUCUGCGGAGGGAUGACCGUAGAAACCAAAGAGAAAUACAGGAGCAGGUGCUGCCCAAAGGUCUCAUAGAUAUGCUUAUUCAACGAAAAGUUGUGCUGCAUUGGGCUGAUUCGGGCAUAUUGAAGGGUAACAGUGUGGUGGAGGACUACGCUGGCAUGGAUACAGUGGCAGAGCUUCUAGGGCAGGUUGGUGGACGGGUGGUGCCCAUGCUGUCUCCUUGCUUGCCAUUGAGGGACCAGCAUCCUGGUGUAAACCCUGCACUGGCUUUUGGACUGGAUGCUUUCCCUAUAGACUCAGCCAAUGGCUACAUUCAGUCAUCACAAAGGUUGCAACGACAAGCAUUUCCUUCUUUGGAUGGGUCUCUUUGCUGGAUUGCAGAAGGUGGAGACAAGCAGUCCUGUGGUGUGACGCUAGAGCCGGUCUCAUUCAGGCAGAGAUCCCUGCGUGCUCCUGUAGAAGUGACUCUGAGAGGUGUCCUGCAGGACUUGGACACCCUCUCCCUGUCACGUUCAGCCUCUGAGAGCUGGAUUCUGCAGUGCCCAGAUGCUGAGCUGGUUCAGGUGGCUUUUCAGCAGCUGAGGGAGCUGUCCACUGGUGGAUCUUCCAUGCUUGCAGAAGUGAGUGAAGGAGGUGUGGUGUGUUCAGCGGUGCUGUCAGUGCUCUCCUCCUGCACAGCUCUAGUCACUGUCCUCCAGCCUCUGGUUACUCUGGGAGACGAGCACCUUCCUGCAAGCUUCAUUUCCUCGGAAACCGCAGACAUCUCCACUGACUUACCUGAUGUCGUCAGCAGUGUUCUCAAUGUCAUGUAUGACACCAUGGAGAAUGAGGAUUGCUCAGAGGAAGUGAUGCUGCCAUUGGUUCCUGACUGGGCAAAUCAAGAGCUUAAACAGGGGUCUUGUGCAAGAAGAAAUGGGCUGGUAGAGGGGUGGUUCCCUCUGUCUGACCAAUCAGGCAUCAGCUGCCACUUAAUGGAAUCAAUGAAGUUGCUUAAUGCAGCUCCUGAAGAAGAGGAACAUGGAGAGGAAUACUCAGACACUCAGCAGGAGCUGACCAGCUGUCUCUCAGAGCUCUAUCAGAGCAGCGCAGCUGGCUCAAGUGGCAACCAGAGGUCCAAAAAACGAGGAACCCAGCGCACACCAGUAAGACAGAAGAUGAAGACCAUGAGUCGCUCUCUACAGAUGCUGAAUUUUGCUCGCUUGAACGUGAAAGCUCAAAAGACUCAGGCAGAUAGCAGCUCUGUGGGGUCUGCCAGAGGGGCUGAUAAAGGGGACAAGAGAUGCUCUGGGGAUCGCACUAAGCCCGGUCUCAUGCAUUUCAACAGUGAGGAGGAGCUGCUCUCCCAUCUGGGACUCGCUUAUCAGAAAGCUGUGGACAACAGAUUAGUGUCCGUUCCCUCUCAGGUCCAGGAUUUGGUCUAUUUGGUGAAGGCAUUCAUCAAAACCAACACAGAUGCUGAGGUUUCAUUCUUGGAUUUGGUGGAAAAGCAUCUAUUGAAAACCUGUCAGUCUAUUCGUCAGCUGUAUGGAGAUUCUUCAGAUGUUGAAAGUAAAAUCAGGGAAUGCCAGCUGCAAGCAGUUCUCAGACUUGAGUUGUGCAGAAAACCAGAACAACAAGAGGUGGAGGUUGUGGAACAGAGAGUGGAGGAUGUGGCUGAUUUGUUCCGUAUUAUCUCUCGGGGGAAAGAUGCUGUGUACUUAUCCAGGUUCAUGCAAGACGAAGUCCUCCCGGUGUACUUGAACAGCAUUCCUAAGGUCCUGGCAGAUGUCUACCACAGUCUAGGAACUCAGUUGCCUGAUGCACUCAUUGCUGUCCUGCCCCCUGACUACUUCAGUGAUGAGUCUAUGGCAAAGGACAGUGUGUCUGUGAGUCCCUCUCCUCUCUCUGCCACGCAGAGCCACGUCUCCAGUGUCGGAGAUCACCUGGAGGAACUCCGCAUUCGCUCUGCUAAGAAGAGGAGGCAGAACAUGAUCACACGCCACAAGAGCAUGAGUGAGGCUCCUCAAGUGCUUCGACAGAUAGAAAUGCCAAGAAAGUCCACACGCCUGACAAAGCCAAAGCUGUGUGUUCCUGUAGAAAAACCUGCUGUGGAAGAACCACCACCUCAAAAGCAUACAGUUCAAGAGGUAACAAAGGUUAGGAGAAAUCUCUUCAACCAGGUAACCAUAUCUCCGUCAAAGAAGUCAAAAAUGCCCAGAAGCCAGUCUGUUUCCGCGGUAGAAGGACUCAGGAAACGCAAGCGUUCACAUGUGGAGGAUGAUGUUUCAGAACAACACACUCUUCUGACAAAGAAAGUAACUGAGACACCACUUCAUAAGCAAGUGUCCAAUCGCUUACUUCACAGGCAAAGGACUGGCAGGAGAUCUGGAGAAUCUGAUGUGUGCAUUAUUGAGGAGUCUCCUGUCAAACCAGUUGCUGACUUGAGGAGAAGCCCAAGAAUUAAAAGCCUUACCAGGAGACAUUCCAGUGUCUUCUAUUCAAGCUCACAGCCACGUUCCCGAAACCUGGAUCGUGCCCUGUCCUCCUCUCAGCUCUGCCACUCUGAGGGUAAAGCAGGCGAUCCAGGCCAUAUAAACUGUCAGGAGAUUGCUGCUGCUCGCGCUGGAUCUGCACGAGCAUGUGAGUGCAACUUCAAGGCUGCGUCCGAAACCAGGAAAAUGCUGCCUCAGGAGGCUGUAUAUGGAGGUGGAUUCAAUGUUAGUUCUGUUAGGUCUCCAGUUCGGCUUCUUUUUGGUGCCACCCAGUCCCCUGGUCGCCUACGGCACCCUACAGCAUCCUCCUCAGGAGAUCAAGGCAGCAAAGAUUUGUCGCUUACAUCUGCAGUUUUUGAGAGUCCCAAUAAAACACCACAGAAGUUGCAUUCUGAUGCAUUUGGAUCUGCAGUUGGGUGUAGAACCCCUCGUUCCCCAAGAACUCCAGGCCGGACAGCUGGAGAGAAUGGGAUGACCCUACGAGGGAGUCCAUUUCGCUCACCAGCUGCUAAGAACCUUGUGGUAGAGACUCCCAAGAAAAGCCCACUUAAGGGGAUACUUAAGACACCAAUGAAAAACCUACUGGAUUGUGCUUCUCCAAAUGGUGCUUGGCUGCGGAGCCCAAACAUAAAAACACCAAAGAAGAGUGUCACAUGGUCUCCCUCUCCACGAAAACGUGUGUCAAACAAUCCAAUCAAUUUGCCAGAGUCUCCUCUGUUUGCAAGAAGAUAUUCACCAAGGCUGAUGAAACCCAGCAAGAGUUGCAACCCAGAUGAAAGGACAAAUGUUUUCAAAACACCCGACAAGAUGUCCCAGAGGAAAAGCAGUGCGUCUCCUGAAACAUUGCCCAGGAAACUUGAAAUCCCUGAAAAUCUUGUUCCAGAACAAUCUGAGUCCAGUGUGAAAUCAGGAAAGAUAAGGAGAACAUUGAGCUUACCUUGUAAGGUUAAGGAAGGCUCUGGUGACUUUGCCUCCAAUGAUGCAUUGCAUUCUAAUUCUGGGCCAUUUUAUUUUUGCCCUUUACCAUUAAAACCAAAUAUACAAACAUCCAUCAAAAGCCCUGUCCCAUCACAAAGGAUGUGCACUCGCUCUGGUAGAACACCUGUAAAAGACUCUUCUUCGCCUCUUAACUCUCAAGCAAUUCUAGGUACUAGUCCUUCACCUAUUAAAGGUCUGUCUUUGCCUACAGAUAAAUCAUGUGUAUCACAGUCCUCUGGUAGUCAUAGAUCAGGUAUCAGCCUGAAUCCUCAAGAGAGGGAGUCUCAAGGAAAAAUUAUUAAAGAGCAAAGUGAGACCAACCUGGAAAAAGCAGUGGAGACAUCGUCUUCUGACUCUCAGCAGUUUGAUUGCUCUGAAUUUAGCACCACAGAGGACGAAAGCAUUGAUAUAUCUGAGGCUUCAGUGGUAAAGACACAGUUGACUGGUGGCAUUAAGAUGAACAUUGCUUUCUCAAGGAAAUCCUCUAGAUCCUCUGAGGUUUUUACAUUCAAGGGUAAACAAGCCACCCCAGCUGAAAUGACGCCAAGUCGAAGCUACGGCUUCCGUCAAACUCCAGAUCGGCGGCAAAGAGAGGCGGAAGCACGUCUUGGAUACUCCUCAGGAACACCAAAGUUUUCCACCCCAAGAACAAGAAGAACUCCUGCUUGUGGAAAUAAGUUUACCAAUCCUCAACCCCUUACUUAUGAAGUGGAGCUGGAGAUGCAGGCCUCAGGUCUGCCUAAACUCAAGUUAAGAAGAACAGAUUCUUUCAAUGCAGGUGAUGCUCCAAAGAGUGCAACCAAGGGCAUGGCUUCACCUCUUGUGCUCCAUAACAUGUCAAACAUUAAGGUACCACAGAGUGAUAGCCCCCUUGUGCAGUGUUCUAGACAUCGAGAUCCUGGCUGCAUAUCUCCAUCACUCUGCAAUCAUGGAACCCCUGCUAAAGGUACACCCAGGAAAGGUGUACAAACAUUCAUAUGCCAAUCAAUCACUCCCACACGGUAUCCUACAAAUAACCUUUCCCCACUGGCCUCGGGUGAACUCACCCCCUUGACGCCAUCUCCACAGAGCAGGGAACGGUCAACCCCAGAAAACCUCAAUAGUUGGCCUCGUAAGAAAAGGGCACGGAUCGAGACUUAUGGGAACAAAGAGCAGGUCAUCAAAGGAGUUCCUCUUUUUGAAAAGACUGGUAUUUUGGAUGACCCUGAGCUUGAGGGUGUUUUCAGUAUGCAAGGGGUGGAAGAACUCAAGGAAUCAGUGAGUGCCCCAUUCAGUAAAAAGAAACUGAGUCUGAGAUCAAGCCAGUUGGCAAGUCAGCAAUCCUCACCAGAAGGCAUGGACUGGACGGAGUCUGUUGUCCAAAAGUGUGAUGUUAGAGACACUAUGAAGUCUGAACAAUUUGUGUGGCUGGGCGGAAAAGUGGACACCCCUCCAGGCCCUAAAGUAAAGAAACCUGUGUCGGCUAGUGGAAUCUUCGCCCUCACGCAGUCACCUCUGUUAUACAAAAAAUCAACUGUAAUCAAUGAAGCAACGCAAUGUGAUGGAUCAAAGUUGGAGCUGGAUAUCUCUCCUCUUUGCCAGCCAAGAAGGCGAAGGACACCAAGUAGGACAUACAGCCGAAAGAAAUUGCUAGACUAAGAAGUAUCAUCACGAAAAAGUACUUUUCUGUUGCCUUGUCCUGCUCUCUUGUUUUUAUAAAAUCACACUUUUACUGUCAACUGUUUUGAAUGUUAUGCUAUGUCUUUAUAUCAACUGUUUUUAGUUUGCUUUGUAUAAUAAUGCAUUAAACAAUAUUGUAUAUUUUGUACUUUUCCUGUAUUUUCAAAUGUUACAUUUACCAUCAGGUGCAAUGUAACACAGGAGUUUAACAGGUCUUAUCUAAACAUUGUGAAAAUAUGGUGGAAACAUUUACUUUUGCCUUUUUUGCAAUCUCAAAAUAAGCUUUAAUUGCAUUUGUUUUAGUUUGUUAGUUUCAGUUCUUUAUUUAUUUGUGCUCAUUGCUCUAUGAAAUUUUGUUUUUAUAUAAUAUGUUUUCUUAACAGUUUGGCAGCUGUCAUGCAACAAUGUGAAAUAAAUGUAAAUGUUAAACAGAUUAUUUUAAUAAAGAAACUGUUAUUCUUAAGAUACUACAUACUAAUCCUUUUAUGAAUUCAUGUAAAAAAAUUAAAUAAUUAUUGAAAUAAACAACCCACUCACUUGAUAGCAGAUAAUGUUGGGUAAAAAUGUUUUGUAAAGAACUGAAGUCAGUUUCAUUCUCAGAAUACCUGCUUGUACUGCAGUUGAAAGCCAAUAGCAAAACCAUUGAUGGAAUUUGCUUCGGUUGUUGGUUGUAAUAUUGCAUGUAUUUGUGAUCUGAAAUUUCGCCACCUUAAGUUUGUUUAUUCAUGUUGCUGAUAAAAAGCUAUUAAAGGAAUAUUCCGGGUUCAAUGCAAGUUAAGCUCAAUUGAUGGCAUGUUGUUGCUGUUUACCACAAAAAUGUAUUUUGAUUCGUCCCUCCUUUUCUUUUAAAAAAAAAAAAAUUCAAAAUCAAGAUUACAUUUUAGGUACUUACAAUGAAAGUGAAUGUGGCCAAUUUUUGGAGGGUUUAAAGGCAGAAAUUUGAAACUUACAUUUUAUAAAAGCACUUGCUUUAAUUCUUCUGUUAAAACUCAUUAUUUGAGCUGUAAAGUUUAAAUUGUCAUUUUUACAGCAAUUUUAAGGUUUGUUGACAUUACUUCCAUUGUAUGUGCCUCACUGUAAUCCAGACUUUUGCUUUUUUAAAGAAAAGGAGGGGCAAGUCGAAAUUAAUUUUUGUGGUUGUCAGCAUUAUGCCAUAAAUGCUGUUGAUUGAGCUUAACUUGCAUGGAACCCAGAAUAUUCCUUUACAUUUGUUUUUUUUUUUUGCUAAUGUUAAAGGAAAAGUUCACCCAAA